GAGGAGGAAGAGGAAGAAGAAGAAGAAGAAGAAGAAGAAGAAGAAGAGGAAGAAGAAGAAGAGGAAGAAGAAGAGGAGGAAGAGGAGGAAGAAUGAUGAUAAUGAGGAUGAGUGGUGUAUUUCUACAUGAGGCAAGUCAAACCUGAAACCACACACACAAACAAAGACACAGACACACGCACGCACACACUCACAGACACGCACACACACACACACACACACAAAGACACACACACACACACACACACACACACAGACCCCCCCACACACACAAAGACACAGACACACACACACUCAUUUUGAAAUAUUAUGAUGAAUAAAUCAUGAUAAAUCAGUAUAGAGCUGUGCACGCGCGUCGGAUCACGACGCUUCAUUAAUUCCCAAACACAAGCGAUGACGCUCGUGCCCGACGCUCCAGGGGCCGCGCGUGCUCUCUCCUCCGUCUGCGAGUUCGCGGGAGCGAGCGUCAGAAUCCAAGGGCAGACCGCGGGCUCGCGAGCAUCAGGUCAUCUGAAAGUGCGCGAGCGUCACCGACACCGCGUAACGGACAACAACCGACUCACCGGUGAGAAAACAACGAGCACACGCACUGAUGAACCGAGACACCGACGACUGAAUCAACAGACCCGAGUCUGAGCUCCGGUGACCGGUGGAGAGGUCUGACCGCCACCGGAGGAUCCAGCGCCUCGACCAGUCGACCAAUCAACUCAUCAACCAACCAAUCAAUACUCAACCACGACCUGUAACCUCACGGAGCGAGUGGGAGCCGAGCCGAGCCGAGCAGAACCGAACCGAGCCGAGCGUGACUCAAAUCAACAGGAGGCACUGUGACGGAAUUCAGCUCUUAAUCUGAAAAUCUGCAGCAGAACAAACGGAAACAUGGAGCUGCGUGGCGUGCUGAUCCUCACCGUGCUGCAGUGCUGCUCAGUGGCUCGUGGCGGUUGUGAACCUCGGCUGGUGAACAUCGGAGCCGUCCUGAGUCAUAAACGUUUCGAGCAGGUGUUCAAGGAGGCGGUGAGCCAGGCCAACACUCUGUACGGCAAAGACAAGUUCAAGAUGAACGCCAUCUCCGUCACACACAAGCCCAACGCCAUCCAGAUGGCGCUGUCUGUCUGCGAGGACCUCAUCUCCAACCAGGUGUACGCGAUCUUAGUCAGUCAUCCUCCUCAGUCCAAUGACCAUCUGACUCCGACGCCUGUUUCCUACACAGCCGGUUUCUACAGAAUCCCUGUGGUCGGCCUGACGACCCGCAUGUCCAUCUACUCUGACAAGAGCAUCCACCUGUCCUUCCUGAGGACGGUUCCUCCGUACUCACACCAGGCUCAGGUCUGGUUCGACCUCAUGAGGGAGUUCAGGUGGAACCACAUCAUCCUCAUCGUCAGCGAUGACCACGAAGGACGAGCUGCACAGAAGAGACUGGAGACACUGCUGGAGGAGAGAGAGACCAAGACUAAAAACAGGAACUAUGAAAACCUCGACCAACACAGCUUUGACUUCAGGAGAACACCCAAGGCAGAGAAGGUGCUGCUCUUCAGCCAGGACACCAACCUGACAUCUCUACUGCUGGAGGCCAGAGACCUGGAGGCUCGAGUCAUCAUCCUCUCUGCCAGUGAGGAUGAGGCUGCUGCCGUCUAUAAAGCAGCUCGUCAGCUCAACAUGACCGGCUCUGGUUACGUCUGGAUGGUGGGAGAGAGAGAGAUGACUGGCAAAGCUCUGAGUGAAGCUCCAGACGGCCUGCUUGGCCUCCAGCUGAUUAAUGGUAAGAACGAGUCGGCUCACAUCGCGGACGCCGUGUCGGUUGUGGCUCAAUCUCUGCAAGAGCUGUUUGAGAAGGAGAACAUCACGGAGCCGCCGCGGGGCUGCGUGGGAAACACCAACAUCUGGAGGACCGGGCCGCUCUUCAAACGGGUGCUGAUGUCAUCAAAGUACCCUGACGGUCUGACUGGGCGGAUUGAGUUCAACGACGAUGGCGACCGCCGUUUCGCCACCUACGGCAUUCUGAACUACCAGAAACCAGGCCGCCUCGUCCAGGUCGGAGUCUUCAAUGGAUCCCAGGUUGUGAUGAACCCUCAGAGGAAGAUCAUCUGGCCUGGAGGAGAGACGGAGAAACCAGUCGGAUACCAGAUGUCCACUAAACUGAAGAUUGUCACGAUCCAUCAGGAGCCGUUUGUGUACGUGAAGCCGACAAAGAGUGACGGGACGUGCAAGGAGGAGUACACUGUGAACGGAGUCCUGAUCAAGAAGGUGAUCUGUACCGGGCCCAACGGGACCAUUCCAGGUCAGCCCACCGUCCCUCAGUGCUGCUACGGGUUCUGUGUGGACCUGCUCAUCAAACUGGCCAUGAGCAUGAACUUCACCUACGAGGUCCAUCUGGUGGCUGAUGGGAAAUUUGGCACGCAGGAGCGAGUCAACAACAGUAACAAGAAGGAAUGGAACGGGAUGAUGGGGGAGCUGCUGGGGGGGCUCGCUGACAUGAUCGUCGCCCCCCUCACCAUCAACAAUGAGCGCGCUCAGUAUAUAGAGUUCUCCAAACCCUUCAAAUACCAGGGGCUCACCAUCCUCGUCAAGAAGGAAAUCCCUCGCAGCACUCUGGAUUCAUUCAUGCAGCCGUUCCAGAGCACACUGUGGCUGUUAGUCGGUCUGUCGGUCCAUGUGGUGGCAGUGAUGCUUUACCUAUUAGACCGGUUCAGCCCGUUUGGAAGGUUUAAAGUGAACAGUGAAGAAGAAGAAGAAGACGCCCUCACCCUGUCCUCGGCCAUGUGGUUCUCAUGGGGAGUACUGUUGAAUUCUGGGAUAGGAGAAGGAGCUCCCAGAAGUUUCUCAGCGAGGAUUCUGGGUAUGGUGUGGGCGGGGUUUGCUAUGAUCAUCGUAGCAUCGUACACUGCCAACCUGGCAGCCUUCCUGGUGCUGGACCGGCCUGAGGAGCGCAUCACUGGCAUCAACGACCCCAGGCUGCGUAACCCGUCAGAUAAGUUCAUCUACGCCACAGUGAAGCAGAGCUCGGUGGAUAUUUACUUCAGACGGCAGGUGGAGCUGAGCACCAUGUACAGACACAUGGAGAAACAUAACUACGAGAGCGCUGCUGAGGCCAUCCAGGCCGUCAGAGACAAUCUGCUUCAUGCCUUCAUUUGGGACAGCGCUGUGUUGGAGUUCGAGGCGUCUCAGAAGUGCGACCUGGUGACGACAGGAGAGCUGUUCUUCCGUUCUGGAUUCGGGAUUGGAAUGAGAAAAGACAGUCCGUGGAAACAGAACGUGUCUCUAGCUAUUCUCAGUUCUCAUGAGAACGGCUUCAUGGAGGAUUUAGACAAGACGUGGGUUCGUUACCAGGAGUGUGACUCCAGGAGCAACGCCCCCGCCACGCUCACCUUCGAGAACAUGGCAGGCGUGUUCAUGCUGGUAGCCGGAGGCAUCGUUGCUGGGAUCUUCCUCAUCUUCAUCGAAAUCGCUUACAAACGUCACAAAGAUGCUCGAAGGAAACAGAUGCAGCUCGCCUUCGCUGCUGUGAAUGUGUGGAGGAAGAACCUGCAGCCGUACCCGACUGACAUCACCGGACAGCUCAACCUAUCAGAUCCCUCCGUCAGCACCGUGGUCUGAGAGAGAGAAAGAGAGAGAGAACUUCACUGCUACUGCUGAGCCUCACACACACAUACACACUCUCACACACACACACACACACACACGUACACACACACACAGCAUCUGUAGACCUAAACCAGUCAAAUGACACAGUCGCCUUGCUCCGCUUGUAGCCGUCAGCCUCUGCUGUCCUUAGGGAGUUUUAUUUUGAAAGGACUGGUUUCCUUGUGGAUGUUGUACACUUCCUGUCUGUCACACUGAUUGAUUGCACUUAUUUAUCAAAGCUUGAUCUGCUGGCGACGCCUUCCUCCUGGACGUGUUCAAUCCGACACAGACGGUUGGUCCAAACAAAAACGUAAAAAAUGUAUUGAUCAGGAACCUGUCAAUCAAGGACCUUGACAACAUGGAAGCUUUUUAUCAGGAUCUCAUCAACAAGGAACCUGUUGGUUUAGACCAGGAUCCUGAUCUUCAGGAUCCUGAUGACCAGGAUCCUGAAGAUCAGGAUCCUGAAGAUCCUGAUCAUCAGGAUCUUCAGGAUCCUGAUGAUCAGGAACCAGAUCACUUAUCCGGUUUGAGGUGGGUGGAGUCUCUGGGACAGGAAGGAACCAUUUGGUUCAUCUCACUUACACCCCCCACCCCCUAGUGUUAUUAAUUGUAUUAAUGAAUAAAGUUUGUAUUUAGUUUAUUUUUUGAUUAAUAAAGUUUAAGAAGAUGUUUCUCAUCAAAGACUGUUGAUGUUAAAAGUAAAUAUUUACAGGUUGUAGUUGAACGUCAGAUUGUUUGAUGACACAAGACAUUUUAUUGGUUCGAUUCAUCAUCAAUAUUAAAAACAUGAUUUCAUCUGUUUAGUGACGUUAAAGUUUAAAGAAUGAACGUGUAGAUUGAAAGAUUUUAUAGUUUUAUAAAUUACCUCCUGUCCUAGAGAAUCCACCACUACACCCUCUGCACUCCCAGUCCCAGUGCAAGCUGGGAAAUGUAGUCAGUGCUCCACUGCUCCUGAGGUCGGACUGUGAUGAGCUCCACUUCACUGCCAACAGCAGAAACUGACCAUGUGUAAUCAGCCUGUUGACUAACCCUGGUAAUUGAUCUUCAUAAUUAACUGCUAAUUAGCACUGUUAAUUUACAUGAUUAAUCAACCCUCAUUUUAAUACUGAUAAUGAAUCAUGUUAAUUAAUCCUGUAAGACUUUGAACAGUAUUCCUGUAACUCAGUAAUGAAUCCAGUUUAUUAAUCCUGUCGUUCUGCAAAAACACAACAUGUGAAUGAAAUAAUCAGAGAGCCGAGAGCUGCACUGAGAACAACAGACGAGGAUCCAUUAUCCCUCCGUUUCUACAUUGAUCACUUCAUCAAGAAGGUUAGGAUAUAGAUUCAUAUUUUAGAUACUAAAUCAUCUGCAUAGAAUCAGAGGAACGUGACAAUAAAAAGUAGUUGUGUGUAAGAAAAUACAAAAAUUCUAAACAGGGAAACGUUUUGAUAAAUAAACAGACAUUUUCUUUAUCGGACCAAAAACAAAAUAGAUGUUAGCGGCUGGUUCCCAAGUACGAACAAGAAAUAUUCUGAGUAACGCUAACACUGAUGCCAAUGUAGCAGCUCCUUCUGAUUCAUUAAAUCAACACAACGCUGUGUCUUGAACGAAUCCACCAUCUAAUGCUAACAGUAGUUAUCUUUGAAACAUGAAACUACGUAAUAAUUGAUAAUAGGAUUUAUUAAGUAAAACACUGUUAGCUCUAACUGUGAUGUACUAGCCAUGGCGAACUGUAGCUACCAAUACAAUGACUGAAUGUUAACUGACUGGUUUAGCUAAUCCAGUCUAAUCUAAUGUAAGACCAUCACAGCUAAUGCUAAUGCUAAUGCUCCAGAUGUAACUACAGUGUUAACACAGCUAAUGCUAAUGCUCCAGAUGGGAAGCUAAUGUCAGGAAGUGCUCAUGUGUAUUUUGGACCAACAUUACUGAAGCUAAUGCUACAGACAAAGCUAACGUUAACUACAGUGUAGACCAAGCUAAUGCUAAUAUCAGACGUCUUUGCGGCCCCUAAACUCAAUAAUGAAAUCUUUCUGAGCAGUUUAAACCUCCGAGGCUGUACUCACGUUAAUAAAAAAGUUACAAAAUAUAAAUAUAGUCAUUAUUUUUAUUAUUAUUUAUCCAUCAAACAUAUAAAUAAACAUUUUUUCUCAUUGUUAAAGUUGUGAAUCACAUUUGUAAAAGAAAUAACGUCUUUUGAUGAAUCUUAUUUUGUGUAGUGUAUUGAUUAUUAAAAUUAAGUGAAUACCAUUAACCAAUCAAUAUUAUAAAUAUAUUUAAUGAUGACCGCAAUUUUAAUAAAAAAAUAUUAUGAUAGAAUGAAUAAAACAAACCUCUGAGGACUUUUAUUUUGAAUUGAAAGUUAUUCGAAAAUAAGAUUAUUUUUAUAUUCAUAUUAAAACCCUGAGACAUGAAGUGUUUUUAUCCUCGUCACUCACUUACAUUUGUGAUUUUUCAUGUUAAUAUCUCUUUUUAUUCAUUAUUAGUCAUGUUUAUAAUUCAUAAUAUUUACAGCUGUUUAUAUUUCUAACGUGUAAUGUGCAAUGUGUUUCUCGUCAGAGUUUCUGCUUUAAAAUGAAACGCUGCAGAUUGAAUCAGGUGAUGAACAUUAUUAAUGAACGUGGUGAAGGAAGAACAAACACCAGAGCACAGUAAAAUACUCGGUUACUCUGAUCGGAACACUGAGAAGCUUCAGUUACUGUGAUUUCUCUUUUUUACUUUUAAAGCUUUUAUUGAAAUGUAAUAAUUUCCACUUAUAACCAGCAGGUGUCAGUAACUGUGUUGAAGUGUCAUGUAGCACAGACAGAAAAUACUGCAGUAUUUGUACUGGGUAAAUGUACUCAGUUACUUUGAUUGUUCUCAGUGACGUUCUCAGGUUCCUGUUCUGAAGAGGAGCUGCUCCACGACUCACUUUAUCAAACCAGCGUCUUGUUCCUGUGCAGAAUAUGAACUUUAAUGAUCAGAGGAGGAAGUGGGAGCUUCUUCUUCUUCUUCUUCUUCUUAUUAUUGUUAUUACUUCAGUUUGUUCGUCUACACCAGAGGCAGAAACUGAGUUUUUAGUUCUUUUCACUGCAGCUUUGAUUCAAACAUAAUUAUAAAUCUCGAGUGAAACAGACGUCACAGGUUUGAUUCCUCAUGUUAACGUGUGUCCAGUUAACACGUCGAGCUGCGGAGGGAAUUGAUUGGUCGUUAACAGCAGCCAAUAGCUCUGAUGUGGAUUCAGGAUUCAACCAGGAACGUGAAUCAUUUGAAUUAAAUUUAAAAAGAAAUCAGGUUUUAUAAAGUGAGUAUGUGUCUGCAGCUCCGGCUGACGCUUUCUGAUGAUGUCACAGUUUUAUGAUUUUAUUUUCAUUGGUUUAUAGAAAAAGAUGUUUGUAUAGAAUCUGUGUUGCUGUAGAAACUGAGGUCAGAGGUUAAACGUUCUACACAGACGUGAUGCUGUUUUCACUUCCUGUCUCGUGAACACUGAAACUGUAGAAGAAGAAGUCCCCCCCGACACAAAUGCUUAUUUGUUUUGUUUGUGUUCCUCUGACGAUAUGUAGCCGCUCGACUCUUCUGCUGUUUAUCAUCCAACAUAAAGAGUCAAACUCGCACUGUC